AGACACCCAGGAAAGGACAGAGAAAAAUCCAAUGAAUGAAACACCCAGUCUGAGCUCUCGGGGUGAGAUCGACGCUAAUCGACGCUCUCGGAGUGCGAUUGACCCCAAUCGAUGCUCUCGGAGUGCGGCUAAUCGCGUUGUCAUGGCGGCGGUGGCGGUUGAGGCUCCGGCUGGCGCCGAGACCCUGGUUUCGGCCUCGGGGGACUCCGAGGCCCCCGAUGCGGCGGGAAAGGAGUCCGUCAGCCCGACCCCAGCGCCCGCCGUGACACCCGUCAUGUCUCCGACCCCGGCCCCGACCCCAGUGGCGUCGGGCACUCCGCUCCCAGGGGUGGCCCCCGCCCCGGGAGAGCCCGAGGCCCCGGCCCCUUCCCCUGGACCCCGCUCCGGACCCACUGCGGCCCUGGCGGAGGGUGGGGGCGGGUUCGAUAAAAAAUGCAUCUUCUGUAAAAUCGGGAAUAAAGAGGAGCCGGCGGACCUGGUGCACUGGGAUGAACAGUUUGCUUGUUUUCAGGACAUCCGACCUGGUGCACCCCAUCAUUAUCUUGUAGUGCCAAGGAAACACAUUGGAAAUUGCAAAUCUCUGAAGAAGGAACACAUAUCAAUAGUUCAAGCGAUGGUGACUAUUGGGAAAAAUGUACUCCUUCAAAAAGGCAUAGGCGAUCUAUCUGAUGCAAGGUUUGGUUUUCACUGGCCACCAUUCUGCACUGUAGCUCAUCUCCACUUGCAUGUACUGGCUCCAGCUAGUCAGAUGGGAUUUAUAUCAAGAAUGAUUUAUAGACCCAAUUCUUACUGGUUUAUUACAGAUGAACAGUUGAUUGAAAAGCUUAAGACUCUUCCAGAGGAUUCUAGUGGAAGCUAAACACUUGAAGACCAGCAUGUAGAUCCAGAAGUUUAUUUCAGUUUCAACACUACAUUUGUUCUUUAACCUGAUCCAACUUUUGGCUUAAAUCAAAGAAUAUUAAAAGGUUCUAAUUGUACCUGAAAAAUACCAUUUAAUAUGUUCCUGAAUACUUAAUAUUUUAAUAUAGUACAGAUCCUGUACCUAGGUUGACUCAAUUUAACCAAUUCCAAAAUUGUAUGCAUGGAAGUUCAAUAAUAGUUAGUUAAACCUGACAACAUGCAGUUGGUUGCAACCAGUGAAAUUAGUUGCAAUCUAAAAUGAAAAGAUUGAAGAACUUUAAUUGCAUUACACAAAUGUUCUCAUACAACUUUGUCUUUUUAAUUCUAAUAUUUAAUUGCACUUACUUCAGUACAAGUUUUGCUGUAAAUGUUUCAUGUGCAUCAAUUAAGUUUUUAUUUUGUAUCUAGAAGAUAUAGAAUGGAAAACUCUCCAGACUUUAAAAAGUUAAAUUUUGACAAUAUUCCUGGUUGAACAGUUCAACUUAUAAAAUUGCAUGAGCACAGAACAACUUUUCUCUGCAUGCAAUUUUUAAACAAUGCAUUCCCAGUGACAAUUGAAUGUCCAGUGUGCCAUUGAGUUAAGAAUUGUUCUAAUUUGUGACUUGUUUAAUUCAUUUGAAUAUUAAUAAACAAAUGUAAUGAAUCAUA